AUGGCCGAUCAAGAUCCCUCCACCCAAAACCCGGAGUCAAACACUACCCCCAACAAGCCCAAGCGUGCGCCUCCCAAGCUAGGCAAGAAGUCCCCUGCCAAGCAAGAACAGACCCCGCCGCCUUCAGAGAAAGGUCAGGAAGACAGCUCUGAGAACCAAGAGAAAGAAGAAAAGCAAGAGCCGGAACCUCGCAAGCAAGAGCCAGAGUCCGACAACGAAGAGCAAGAACAAGAACAAGAGCAAGAGCAAGAGCAAGAGCAAGAGCCUGAAAAGAACGACGAACCUGAACCUGAACCUGAGCCCCAGCCUCAGCCUGAACGUCGUCGCAGACGCCCUCGUCGCCAACAAGAAUCAGACGUCGAGUCUGUCCACCGCAACAUGGACGGUGAACCACAACAGCAGCAGCAGCGCCAGCGCACUCGUCGCUCGCGCCGGCCCCAACAGGACCAAGGCGGCGAUGGAGGUCCCCUCGGUGGCCUUGGCGGCGUAGACCAGGCUGGUCAGCUCGUGCAGAACACAGCUGGCAAUGCCUUGAACGGAGCAACCGGGUCUGCCGGUAAGGCCGUCGGAGGCAUUCUGGGCGGAGGCGAGAAGGAAGAGAAGGAUGAUGGUGGCCGUGACGAGCAGCUGCGGUUGCGACUGGAUUUGAAUCUGGAUAUUGAGAUUCAACUCAAGGCUAAGAUUCACGGUGACUUGACGCUGGGAUUGCUGUCAGUAUUACCCUUUCUUGAUGUCGUUGAUCCUUUCAUCCUUCUAAGGACCCCCCUUCCCCGCCCUCACCCUUUUUUUUCUUUCUAA